UGAACAGGAACAUUAUUCGUACUUUGUGUCAAUUCAGUAAAUUCGCUAUAUUUACCCCUUUUCUUCUUCUUUUCUUUCUUCCCCUUACCUCCGUGCACUGUAUAUAACCCACCGGACUAUUCGAUUCGCCCUCUUUCUAUAUCAGGAGCACCGCCUCCUAUUCAACUCGGUCCCCCUGUUCCGAACCACGGUUCAUGCCAACGGGCUGGCAGCAUAAACAGACGAUUUCCAUCCGUGAGAGCGUCUGAAGACUUCCCCCGACAGACCGACCGUUUCAUAUAACUCAGAAUCUCAAACAUGGCCUCUGUUACGUCACUGGAUAAGGAUUUGCGCAGUCUGCGGCUGUCCCGCUAUACCCCGCAGGCUGCCGCAGAAGUCCGCGACUGGAUUGAAGAAGUCCUCCGCGAGAGACUACCAGCCGGGGAUCUUCUGGAUGCGCUCAAAGAUGGCGUCGCUUUGUGCAGACUGGUCAACCUGGCCGUUUCCCCCGGCGUCAAGUAUAAGCAGUCAUCGAUGCCCUUUGUACAGAUGGAAAACAUCUCACACUUCCUUCGCGCGUGCCAAAUCCCGCCCCUGGGUCUUCCCCCGCAUGAUGUCUUCCUUACCGUCGAUCUCUACGAGGCUAAGGAUCCCGCACAAGUUCUUCAGUGUUUGGUCGCCUUCAGUAGAAGAGCUAAUGCUCUCCAACCCGGCAAAUUCCCUCGUUCGAUUGGUCCGCAGAGUAAGGUCAGCACUUUGAGCCCGAAUGCGACCGGCUCGAGUCAGGGGACCCAUACACCCUCUAGACCGCGGGGACUUAGUAACGCGACCUCCAGCGCUUCUGGAUACUCGAGUCCGGCGAAGUCUCCGGGCCCGGUGAGCAGUUGGAGCAAGAAGACGGAUGAGCAUACGACAAUGCCAGCUUGGAAUAUUCACCAAUACGGUUAUAUGGGCGGUGCCAGUCAGGGCAAUCAAGGGGUCGCGUUCGGUGCUCGUCGACAGAUCACAACUGCUGGGCCACAUGUGCCAAGUCUAGCUGAAAAGGAGAAGCGCAGACGGGAAGAAGAAGACCGCCGCCGCUUGGAGGUCGAGGAAGCAGAGCGCAAACGCCAACAAGAGCGGGAAGCCGAGGAAGCCCGUGCUCGAGCGGAGGAAGAGCGCCUGUGGGAGGAGGAAACUAACCGCCAGAGGGAGCAAGAGCGACUCCAGGUCGAGGAAGAGCGAAAGCGAUGGAAUGACGAACAGCGGCAGUGGGAACAGGACGAGGAGCGGCGUCAGCGAGAGGAGAAAGAGGCCGAAGAGAGGCUGGAGAGUGAGAGACUGCGUCGUCGGGAAGUUAACGAUAGUCGCCUCAAUGGACAGUUCCUCAGUCAAUACCAAGCAAGUCAAGCUGGAGCUAGCCAAGCUGCUCCCGAGCCUUCCGAGAGUCGGCGCAUAAGAGAACUUGAGCGAGAGCUGGAGUCCGCAAAACAAAGAGAGGCGGAAUAUCAGCGUGAACGCAAGGAAAUGCUAGAGAAACAGGCAGCACCUGCUGCGACUCGCGCUCCUCGCCCAGUACGGGUACCUCCCAAGCCUAGCUACGAUUUGUCUUCCCUCGAGCAGGAGAGGCGACUCCUUCGCAAGGAAUGGAGCAACCAUCAGACUGAAGAGCCGAUUGCUGAAGCGGCCAGCCCUCCUUCUCUACCGCCCCGGCCGCUCCCCGAGUCAGCCGCUACUUCGCCCCGACCCCUUCCUGACCCAUCGCUCUACGCUCCAAAAAGCCCUAUCCAGGAAAGUCGUGUAGACCGUUUCCUCGCAUCCAAUCGACCUCCCGUUGUAUCCAAGCCAGCCACCCAUCGCCCACAGGAUUACACAACAACGGCUGAAGUCGACGCGGAAAACAGCCGCCGAGUGGCAGCACAACAAAAGACCAAGGCAGGCGGAUGGGCCUCCAAGUCCCUGCUCGAACGUGAAAUGGAGCGUGAGCGCGAGCGCCAGCGUGAGUGGGAAGAGAGCCAGAAGCAAACACAAGAAGCAGCCGCCAAAGGUCUAAAGGACGGUUCCCUCGGAGUCGGACCCGGACAAGGAGCUUGGGAUGUGCACCAGUACGGCUUUAUGGGCGGCGACAACCAGAACCGGGGCGGCCAUGGACUAGGAGUUGGAGGCGCAAGGAGACAGAUCAUUGGACCUCGUCCUCCUCCGUGAUCAAACAUGGCGAAUUAAGGGUGGUAUGGUAUCUUAGUCAAAAUGUGUUCAUCCACAUUUGAGGGCCGUACGGGGGAGGAGUCGAGCUGUCUCAUGGAGGAUUGAUUCUAUUACCCAGCGUAUUCUUCCGUCUAUCGAUAUUUUCUUUUCUUGUUAACGGCGGUUCUUCGUGCUUUUUAUAAUUGAUUCCAGACAUUGUUUCAAAUAUUGGUGGUUAGCUGUAGAUAAGCUAUACGCAAGCUAAAUAGGUUUAUCUAAUCAGGAUAUAAAAAAAGUGAAGCACCUCAGAAGCAACCUAACAUGCUAAACGCAAGAUAUACAUAUAUAUAUAUAUAUAUAUAAAGGGACAAGAAAGGGUAUCUAUACGACAGAUUCGAG